AUGGCUACUUUGGCAAGAAUAUCUAACGUGGGCGUUGUUGCAGGUUACGGCCUGGUCGCAUCACACGACAUUGAGCGAGGCGCGCUUAUCGUCCAGGAGAAUGCACUGGUCUAUUGCAACACAACUGUCACUGAAAACCGAGCCGCAGCCACUGCAGUCUAUAAUUUCUUCCAGAGGGAACGAGACAGGUUCACUAGUCAUCUGCAAACCGAAGUUGGGAAACUCGACGAUAAUGACCGGAUAAGAUUCAACAAUCUCUUUACAAUGAAUCCUGCAGCAACACCAAGCCAUAUACUUGUUGAUCGUAUCCAACACAACUGUUUUGAGUUUAUGGUAGAGAGCAGGAGCACUCGUUCCAAUAAAAUAUAUGUUGCCGUAUAUCCAACUAUAAGCUUGGCAAAUCACUCUUGUGUUCCAAACGCGACAGUUCACAUCAAUUCAAGAACCUCUACACCUGAAGUGAAACGAGCACAAGGAAGACUGGUAGCAUCGAAGAAGAUAACAGCGGGCGCAGAGAUCUUCGUGAACUACAUGACCCAUGGGCACAUGCUGGUUGGCCACACUGUCCGCAAGCGCGAGUUGAAUAGAAGCUGGGACUUUGCCUGCGCAUGCAGUGGCUGCAAACCACUUGAUCAAGCGCAAAUGGACGAAGGGAAACGAAUAUGCUUAACGUGGAUGCAUCCCAUGAUUGAAAAUAUGGAGGGUCCAUCUCCUAUCCAAGAGAGGGACACGGUCAUUGAUAACUUACGCGUGUACAUCACCAUCCUGCAAAGUAUGGGAAUAUGGGAUGAAAGGUUAGCUAAUGCCUGGUGGCUAUUGGUUCAGAAUCAUCUCGCCAACGAGGAGUACUGGAAGGCAAAGCGAUGCGCCCAGGCUGGGCUACUUGUUGAGAGACACGCGUACGAAUCAAAUUUCCGGGGCGCUUUACUCGACGUCGCCUUGAGGUGUUAUGAUCUGGCCGCUGGAUCACGCGAUCUACUAACCCUAACGGAACCUUACCCGCUACUGUGA